UUUAUGUCUUGGGGGACCCCGAGCGCCGAGCACGUGCGCUUUGUUUUGCAACGUGAUGACGCCACGCGUAGAUCAUAGGAAGUAAUUUGAAUUUAUUUGUACAAAGUAAUCACAACACGGAUUUAAGCUGUUCAGACACGUCAAGAUUUUAAAGAAUGGGUGUGAAAGGUCUUCAGUACUUUAUGGACCGCUGCUGUCCAGAAGCCCGCGUCACUGUGAAUCUAAGAGAAAUGGCCAGACGACAUACUGCCAAAAUCCAGCAAGACUGCACAACCUCAGGCAGUACUACUAGUCCCACACUUGUUGUGGAUGGUAUGGCCUGUCUGUGCCACUGGUACUCAUGUAAGGACUGGGUGUGUGGUGGGCAGUGGAAGGAGUACAUGGAUGUGCUAAAGAACUGGGUGGAGGCCUUCACCUCAGCAGGCAUUAGACUGGUCUUCUUCUUUGAUGGGGUGGUGAAGGAGCAGAAGAGACAGGAGUGGGUGAAGAGGAGACGCAGAGUGAAUGGACAGGUUACUAAAAUAUUUCGUCACAUGAAGGCUCAUGGAGAGCAGCCUGGUAGAGAGCUCUUUUGUCUUCCUUCUGGUCUGGCAACGUUCACAUGCUUUGCUCUCAGAUCAUUGGGUCAGGAAGUGUUUUGCUCAGUGCAGGAGGCUGACUAUGAGAUUGCCAACUAUGCUUGUCAGCAUAGCAGUAUGGGCAUUCUGGGUCAGGACUCAGACUUCAUCAUAUUCAACAGUGCCCCCUACUUAUCUGUGGCAAAGCUGCAGCUCGACAGCCUCACCACUGUCCUGUACGACCGACAGAGGCUCUGCCAAACCAUCAGCCUAUCUGUUACCCAGCUACCACUGCUGGCCUGUCUCCUGGGUAAUGAUGUGGUGUCAGAAGAGCAGAUGCAGCACAUCCGGAACGAUGCUAUGGCAACAUACAGAAUAAACAACCCGGCACCACACUCUGGUGCUCCUCAGGGGCAGGUGGUCCUGGCUGUAUCCCAGUAUGUGAGCUCUGUGUGGGGCAGAGAGGGGGAAGAGACUGGGCUUAUCCCUCAAUCUCUGAAUCUGUCAGGUCCUCUCAGAGAGUUGCUGAAAAGGGGGAUUUGCUCCUACCUGCUGCCUGGACAGGAAGCUCUUCAACAAGGUGACAUCUCUGCACGUCCCUCAGCUCCUGCCUUUGAGAAGUAUGUUAGUCCAGAAAUAUUAAAGGCCUGUAGAGAGAAACAUGUAGCAGUAGAGGGUUUCAUGGUUUACAGUGUUGUAUGCGAGGGAGUCACUGAAUGUAGCAACACCCUGGAGGAUGAGGAGGACACUGAAUUGCUGCCUCAGGCCCUUGUCUACAAACCCUGCAGACAACUCAUCUAUGGGCUGCUGCUGCUGCACAGGGAUGAAGACAGCAGUGUUGACCUUCCAGCUGUCAGAGAGUGGUUUGUCUACCCUGGAAACCCUCUGCAGGAACCUGACAUGGUCCACCCUGUCCCAGUCAGGCUCCCAUAUGAUAAGCCCAGUCUGGACUUGUUAUGGUUUGGCACUGGUCCUGAAGUGUCUGCUCUUCGCCUGACAUCCUUCCUUUCAAUUUUUGACUGCCUUGAGUUCUCCGAACUGUAUGGGGAUAUUGAAGACUCACUGCUGGCUGCUCUCUGCCUGGUCACAUACAUAGUCCUCCAGGUACAGACUUUGUCUCAAGAGGACUCUGAUGCUUACCUGAGUCAGGCUGUGUGUCUGAGACUAAAAUCCCCGCAGGAGCUUCAACAGAUCAAGCUGCCUUUCCUCUCCAGUCGUGCGGUGCAGCUGGGAUCCCUCUACGUCCGAGGCCUGAGCCACCUGCUGGGUGCUAACUGUGCCAGCGGCUGUCCGCUGCCCAGCGCUGCCCUGAUGCCUUGGCACAGCUUUGAUGGACGGCUGUUCCACUCAAAGUACCUGCUGGCACACAGCGGUGUGGAGAAAACUGUGUUGCUGGAGAGUGAUCCAUCCUGUUUGUCUCUGUUUCUCUGCCUGAGAGAGAAACUAAUGGAAGCCUGCAGGAAGAGAGGCAGAGUCCUGCAGUCCAGACCUGCUGCAGCAGGACCGAGUUAUGAAACCACACCAGGACCCAGUUACAGAGGAAGAGACACAGGUUGGCCUCCAGGUGAUGGUGAGAGUUGGCGCAACAGAGGAGAGAUGAUAGGAAGCCAUCAACAUGGAGGAGGAUGGAGGGGGAGAGGGGAGGUGUGGCCAGAACGACGUGAAAACAGAGAGCAACCAUGGGAGAGAGGACACAGGGGAGGAGGAGGAGGAGCAGGAGGGGGAAUGAGAGGAGGCCAACAUUUUCACCCUCAUUCUCAAUUUUAUCAUAACUGCCAUGGUGGAGGAUCUCCGAACGUGAGCCAUCCUCGAAAACGGCCCAGAGGUCGAUCGCAGCAUGUCAGAGGGAGAUAUCAGCUGGCUCCAAGAUGGUCGCACCCUCCUGCACCAGCAAUAUAACUCGACCUGGAAUUAAGAGGAGAGAAGGGGAGGAUUAGAGGAGAGGAUUUGAGGGGUUAAGAGGGUGGAAAAGACAUGAUGAAAGGAGUGAAAGAAUCAAAUUUCUCUGGACAAACAGAUUAGUAAAUUGGCCGUCAGGAAUGUUUGUCUAAUGGAUGCAGUAGGUAGAGAAGUGGGGAUCAAGAGGAGGCAGAAUUAAGAGAUUAAGAUUUAAUUUGACAGUUUGAAAUGAAAUUGUCUUUUUGUGCAUCUCAAAUUAUUCUUUUUUUUUCAGUCAGUUGUUUUAAAGACUUUUCUUUAUCUCAGGGCAAUUUACCUUCUGCACUGUGACAGAAAAUGAACCUGAGCACCCGCCAAACAAACAGAGAAAUGAGCCACUUCAGACAUACACUAAAAAGUGGAUUAAUGGUUAAUCCCCAGGCCUGUUUUUACCUCUUAUCUGUGACAAUAAAAGGGAAAAGAUCUUAAAA